GCUACUUGACCUAAUUAUAGGCCUUCAUUUUGUUACUGUUUUUGGUUGUUGUCCAUAGAGUAAAUUCCCUUACUAAAAAGAUGGCUGCGCCCACGACACGAAGGGAGAAGAGUAUUUUAACUGGAGUUUAUAAUAAAGAUGAAGAUACUGAAGCAAUUGUCAAAUGGUUUCAUGAAGGCCUUUAUGAAACUAUAUUAGAGUCAUCUUGUAUUUCAAAACAAAUAUUGUUAACCAAUCAUAAGGAUCAGUUGUUGAAUUCAUUAGAAAGUUUAAUUUUAUGCAAUGUAGAAUAUUUGUUACAUAACAAAGAGCAGCAAAUAAGUGACAUUGAGGUCCUUAUUUUGGCUAUAUCCUGUUUGCAUUUGUUUAUACAAAAUAACUUUCUGGGACCACCAACAUCUACAUCUCCUUUGGAAUACUGCCAUGAGCAUUUUCUUAAGCAAUCUCUGGAAAUAGAAAAAGAAGCUUUCAGUGGGCUUUCAAUAGAUGGGGAAACUGUAUAUCCAAGAACCAGGCACAUCAUUUUUCUGUACAUAGCAAGAAUCAUUCUCCUGGAGUGUAGAGCCCAGUUUACACAUGUUCAAACCUGGGACUGGUGGCUGGCGAGAUGUCUUCUAAUUCAACAAAGUUUAUUGUCAGAGAGAUCUCCAACACUAAAAGCAACUGUUCUAGACAUUUUUGAAGAGUUAUCUAAAAAAGAACCUUUAAUGACUGAUGAUUCUAACAAGGACAUUGAACUAUUGUUUCACAUUGAAGCUGGUCAUGCUCAUCACACAUAUCUGGAGUACAGAAAAGCUGCAGAGCAUUUUGCUUCUGGCAAGAAAAUAUCUGCCCUUGAAGUGAGCCUAACAGGAGCCAUGGGCAGACGUACACGCUAUCAAGAGGAUGCCAAAGCUCAGUUGGUUCUGAGGGUGGAAAGGAAAGAAGUCAAUGACUGGAAUGAGACAUUGAGUACCAACAUUUGUGACUUGCCAAAGAAUCUUCCACUUGAUGAUGACACAGUUUUAAAUGAUAUUAAGUUCAUAGAUGAAGAUGCGGUGGAGUCUCCAAAGCUGUCUCCCAUAGAACUGGCAUUAGUUCUUGGUCUUAUGGAAAGUUACAGGCGCAGCUGUGCACAAGAUCGUCUUACAGAUGAAGAAGUGCUGACAUAUCUUGCUUUUAUUUUAAGUCAAACAAACAAUUGGAACAUAUCCUUGAUGGCAUUGAACUUGAGGUCAAGGCUAGAGCGAGAUAGCAGAAGAAGAGUUGAAAGGUCUAUGAUGCAACUUGAGGAGCUUGUCAAGAUUUCUACAACACCUAACACAAAACCUGAUAUAUGGCAUCGUAUCCCUUUAUUUUAUGCUUGUCAAGUCCCAGCGAUUUGGAAAAUUCAAGGAGAAUUAGCAUCAUUGCUACUCUCACUUGGCUGUCUGGGAGAUGCUCUCAGUGUUUUUGAGAAACUGGAAUUGUGGGAAGAUGUCAUAGCCUGCUAUCAGAAGAUGGGCAAAAGUGACAGGGCAGAGACAUUAAUAAAAGAAAGGCUAGCUAUAGAAGAAACUCCAUCACUUUUGUGUUACCUCGGUGAUAUCACCCGUGACAUUCAGCACUAUCAGCGUGCUUGGGAGCUGUCCAAUCAUAAGAGUGCCAGAGCCAAGAGAUGUAUGGGAUACAUCUAUUUCCAGGAAGAAAAAUAUGAACAAGCCAUUGAAAGUUUUGCAGUGUCUCUUAAGAUUAACUCACUGCAGAUUCCUGUGUGGUUCACCUAUGGCUGUGCUUCAAUGGCAUGUCAAAAAUUUGAAGAAGGAGCCAAGGCAUUUAAGCGUUGUGUCAACUUAGACUUUGAUAACUUUGAAGCUUGGAGUAACCUGGCAACAUGCUAUGUUAGACUGAAGGAAAAGAAGAAAGCUUAUGCAACACUGCAAGAUGCUUUGAAGUGUAACUAUGACAACUGGCGACUCUGGGAAAAUAACCUUAUUAUUGGCACAGAUUGUGGAGAGUUUGAAGAUGUGAUCAGAUCCUACCAUCGUCUCUUGGACCUUAGAGAAAAAUGGGUGGACAAAGAGGUCCUUAACAUUCUAACCAGAGCUGUGUUGGAGAAAAUUCCAGAUGCAGAUGGACGCUCUGCUGAAAGACUAGACUCCAAACUCUCAGAGCUGUUUGGUCGAAUAACAUCCAAAGUGACAUCUGAAGGAGAGAUCUGGGCCAACUAUGCCAAACUAAGCAGUAAUAAAAUACAAGGCAAAGAGCCAGACCUUGAAAAAGCUCUGCAGUUUCUGCAAAAGUCCUACAGAUGUUAUACACAGAAAGUGGACUGGGAGAAAGAUGUAGUCAUCUGUAAGAAGGUUGGGGAUGAAGCUGUAAACUUGGCACAAAUUCAUUUGCAAUGUGCAUCAGGCAAGUCACAGACCGAGAGUUUAAAACUUUUAUCUGCUGCCAAAAUUUUGUUAAAUGGAGCUGUAGUCAAAAUUCAGAAACAGCAUACAGAUCCAGUGACUCAUGAAUUAUCCUCAGAAGUUACAGAAACUUGUCAAAAGAUAAAAGAUAAACUAAAUGAGAUUGUUGCUCAAAUUGAUGAAGUCAGGAAUGAAAGUUAGCAAUAAAGGAAACACAAUAGUAUAGUCAACACUA